GUGCACCUGGUAUUGGUUGGGAAGCCUAACGAGAAGAGACCUAGACGUAAAUGGGAGGAUAAUGUCAGGCGGGAUAUAUGGGAUGUAGGAGUUGAAAGGUACUGAAUUUUGUUGGCUCACGACAGGGUCCUGUGGAGGGCUUUGGUUAAUUCGGUGAUGAACUUUCGGGUUCGGUAAGCCAUCUUGUUCGCUACGUCAGGACUAUAGUGCAGUAGUGGAAGGCAUGUUUCCUUGCGCAGUUGUAGGGCGAGGUCGUGUGGUAGGUCAUGUGUAGACAUGGAGACAAGGGCAACGAAGUUGUAGGUGUUGCAAUCUGAAGUGAACUUGCGGAUGCGAAAGGAAAGUACUGUUUCGGAGGUGGAGUGGACAUUGGUGCUGUGGAUCCAGAAGAAUAGUCACUUUGACAAGGAAAAACAAUUCAAUCUGUUUAAAGGAGGGACUAGAAUAAAGCAGGUGAAUUUGUCUGCAAAUCAUGACCUUGAAAGUUCGGUCUGAGACUUCAUUAAAUGGCAUCACCAAAGACAUACAUCCCCAUCUUGGUAGUAUUAAUGGCAAGCACAGGAAAAUGAGUACAGGAUCAUGGGAUUCAGAUCUUCCUUUUCCUAGAGUACCUACUUCUUUAUCAGUCAUACUGGUUGGUGCUGCAGCAGUUCUGUGCUAUGUAAAUUCUCUGGCUGGAGGAUUUGUUUUUGAUGACUCAGAGGCCAUUAUAAAUAAUGAAGAUUUGAAACCUGAAACACCCAUCUUCAAUCUCUUGUACAAUGAUUUCUGGGGUACAAGGCUUACCCACAAUGCAAGCCACAAGUCAUAUCGUCCCCUCACUGUUCUUUCUUUUAGAUGGAACUAUUGGCUUGCUGGUGGUCUUCAUCCUCGAGGAUUUCAUCUGAUAAAUGUGGCACUUCAUGGAACAGUGUCCAUACUUUCACUUGCAAUAUUCAAUCUUCUGCUGGGUGGUUCUUGCCACCGAGCAGCUUUGCUGGCGUCAAUGCUGUUUGCAGUUCAUCCCAUUCACGCUGAAGCUGUGGCUGGCGUGGUUGGUCGAGCAGACUUACUUUGUGCGUUGUUUUAUUUCCUGGCUUUCAUUACAUACUGCAGUUCAUUGCAUGUUAAGCGGGCGGCAAACCAAGCAGCCAUGUUGUUGCUAAGCAUGGUUUUCUGUGCCUUGGCCAUGUUUUGUAAGGAACAAGGUAUCACUGUUAUUGGUGUGUGUAGUGUAUAUGAUGUGAUUGUGAGUGGCAAGCAACAUCCUAUAAGAAUUACAAAUCUGCUAUGGAAGUCUUUCAUUCAGAAUAAAAGUGGAGCCCUUGGAUGUUCUGGACAGUGUUUUGUUACACCUUCCAGCUAUGAUACUCCAGCUGUCCAGAAUAAUUCCUGCAAGGAAUAUAAUAGACAAAAACAUGAUAGUGUGAACAGUGAGUAUGACUUCAGACCCCUCCUGCUUCGACAUGUGGUGCUUCUCCUAUCGGGCUUGUCACUACUUACUGUACGGUGGCAAGUAAUGGCUUCAGCUACACCUACAUUCCAGUGGGUUGAUAAUCCUGCGUCAUUUGCAGAUAGCAUUCUCACCAGGGUGCUCACCUACAAUUAUAUUUAUGUAUUAAAUGGCUGGCUUCUUCUGUGUCCAGAGUGGUUGUGUUUUGAUUGGUCUAUGGGCUGUAUUCCACUUGUGGAAUCACUAGAGCCUCGUGUUCUUUCAAUCGGACUAUUCUGGUUGAUUUUCAUUCUGUUACUGUGGAGGUCUCUCAGUACUCCAAGCAGAAAAGAUCAAAGGAGUUUGAUUAUGUGUUUAGCUGCAAUGGUGAUUCCAUUCCUCCCAGCCACAAAUAUCUUCUUUCGUGUGGGUUUUGUAAUAGCAGAGCGUGUGUUGUACCUGCCAUCUGUUGGCUUUUGCCUGCUUAUUAUUGUGGGACUUCGACAACUUGCUAUGUUUCAUAGAGCUCGUUGGGCUAUUCAAGUGGGUUACAUAUAUGUGGUAUUUGUGCUGGGCAUCCGAGCUGUUAGCCGCAGUGCUGAGUGGCAAACUGAAGCAUUGCUGUUCCGUUCAGGUCUUUCAGUCUGCCCGUUGAAUGCCAAGGUGCACUAUAAUAUUGCCAAGAAUGCGGGAGAUGCGGGCAACAGAACACUUGCUGUCCUUGAAUACAGGGAAGCACUGAGGUUGCAUUCUGAAUAUGAUCAAGCAAUGAACAACUUGGCCAACAUUCUGAAAGAUGAAGGAAAAUUGCAUGAAGCAGAAAAACUUCUGCGAAAAGCUGUGCAGCUCAGGCCUGACUUUGCAGCAGCAUGGAUGAAUCUGGGUAUAGUGUUGGCAAGUCUGAAGCAUCACAGUGAAGCAGAAGCAAGUUAUUUCACUGCUCUCUCAUAUCGUAAGAAGUACCCAGACUGUUACUACAAUCUAGGAAAUCUUUACUUGGAUCAGCAGCGGUACAGUGAUGCAUACAGAGCAUGGAGAAAUGCCACUGCCUUGAAACCGACUCUUACUGUUGCCUGGAGCAACAUGAUAAUCAUGCUUGACAGUAUAGGGCAGAUGGAUAGAGCAGAGACCAUUGCACAAGAAGCAUUGGUAAUUCUUCCACAGGAACCUUCACUUCAUUUUAAUCUUGCCAAUACACUGGGAAAAGUUGGUCGCUUUGCUGAGGCAGAGAAGCAUUUCAAAGACGCAAUUAGCUUAGAUAUGAAUAAUGCUGUCUACUGCACCAAUCUAGGAGUACUGUAUCAUCGCUGGAAAAAAUAUGAUAAGGCUGAACGAUUAUACAGACAAGCUCUGGAAAUAAAUCCACAGCUUCAGAGUGCCAAGGAUAAUAUGGCUCUCCUCAACAAGGCUCAAAAUAGAAUAGCAAAUCAACAGUGAUACAUUACAUCAACCUCACCUUCACUGCCAAGAAGAUGCUUUUGUCACAGAAGAUAUUGUUUUUUAGAGCAAUUUCCCCUUUAAGGACUCUCAUUUUU